AUGAUCGGGGUUAUCAUUGCAUCCAGGAAAGUUGGCAUCAACCCAGACAAUGUGGCCACCCCCAUUGCAGCCAGCCUCGGUGACCUGAUCACCCUGGCGCUGUUGGCUGGCAUCAGUACUGGCCUGUAUAAGGAGCUUGCUAAUGACUUCAGUCAUGCUCCUGUAACAGUGCUUACACUGACUCGCCCUACAUUUACUCCCUCAUCAGGUGUCAACACACGUUCUGCCAGAGUGCUCUUCCUCCUGGUGGCCCCUGGUCAUCUGGUCUUCCUCUACACUAUUAACUCUAUGCAGGGUGGACACACCACUCUCACCUCUGUCUUCAUUGCAUUUUAUCUGGCCGCAGCUCUGCUUCAGGUUGUGAUCCUGUUGUACCUUGCAGACUGGAUGGUAAACUGGAUGUGGCAUCGAGGGAUGGAUCCUGACAACUUCUCCAUUCCCUACUUGACCGCCCUGGGAGACCUGCUGGGGACGGGCUUCCUGGCUCUGUGUUUCCACAUCCUGUGGCUAAUUGGAGAUAGGGACACAGAUGUGGGUGAUUGAUCCACACUGCUUCCUUUGACUCUGUCCAAGCAACACAAACGUCUUUAUUUAUAAUGCCACAUAGAGAAAUAAUAUCUAUAUUGUUAUGGCUACAAUGGCUACCAUGAUUAUAUUGAUGACAAUUUUGCUUUAGUAUUGAUAUGUAAUUUCCUUGUUGUUUAGCUACUGGGAGAACAACAAUCCUCAUUAUUUUUCAAUGGGGAUGUUCGGCCCGAUUUUACGGCCAGUCGCGUUGGCUGCAUGUAAAGAUGACAUCGACCUAAACUUGAAAUAUUUCACAAGAGGCAAA